GGGUGGAGUAUCCCUUUAAUAGCUUGGACUGACAGGAUCUUGAAGAGAUACAUAAACUAAUCUGACUAGCGUUACCUAAUAUGAAUGAUCUGAGUGUGAGAUGCGUGGUGUGUUGUGUUCAUAUUAAUACUGUCAUGGUGGCAACACAAAUUAAAGCAAGGGGACACACAAGGUAGUCGGCUCUACAUGAGAACAGACUGGGGAAAUGUCCAAAAUGUAGAGUACUUAAGCAAUCCCACACUGAUUUCACCCAGAGUGACUGCAACAGGCGUCUUUUAGCUCCUCUUUAAAGAAGAAAAGGUUUCUCUUGACAUCACAAUGAGCAGUCGAGUGGAUGAUGUUAUGCAGCUUUGCUGUGAGGUCUCAGCCAGCAGGAAGAUGAAAACACCCGUGAAGAGCUCUGGAAAGGGAGCUGCAGUGGCUGGUGGAGGUGCUUUUGUUGGGGGAAUGGUUGGAGGCGCAGCCGGCAUAGCUGUUGGUGGUACUUUGGGAGGUCUUCUGGGAACUUGGAUGACCAGUGGCCAAUUCAAGCCUCUUCCAGAGAUCAUCAAGGAGCUGCCUCCAAAAUAUAAGGAGAAACUGUACUCUGAUAUCAUGGGUGCAUUGGGCACACUGGACUGGACAGACGUGGCUGGCCUCAUUGCUCUGGUUAUGGGCAGUGCCACUCUGCAAGAGCAAGUGCUUGCUGCUAUACUCACUUUUGCCACUAAAGAGCUCAAGGCUGAAGUGCAGUAUGAAAACUGACCUAGAGGAUUGAUGUCACCAGCCAGUGGUUCUCAAUCCUGCAUCCUGUUGCUUUUGUACUCUUGUUUCUGUUUCUCUGCAGCUCCUGUGCAGACUCCUCUUCAUUGUCAUUAUCAUCAUCAUAAUCUUCUUCUUCUUUUAAGCAAUAACAGUAUAACCUUAUGAAGACAAUUAGCUAUUUCUGUGCGUAAUUUAGAUUAGGCUAUUCUAAUAAAGCAGGUUAACAGGUG